CACUUUUUCUCAAAAAUGUCAAAAGAUGUCACACCAAUUUUUCGCUUGGAGGAAUGGGAGUAUCGACGGAUCUUUUCCUACCUUGAACCUGCUCAAUUAGCCAAAGCGGAAAUGGUUUGUAAGGACUGGCUAAAGAUAUUACGUCCAAAUUGGAACGUACCGGCACUUCGAUUACCGCUCGAGCUGUAUGGCCAAAUCUUUUCAUACUUUGAUCCUACUGAAUUGACCAAAGUGGAAAGUGUAUGUAAGAAAUGGUACAACGUAUCUCGAUCAAUGCCGAAACUAUGGGAAGAUGGUCUUUUCGAAUCAGAUAAGCCAGCUAUUUUGACAAAGAAGGGCAACAAAAAGGUGGCCUGCUUGGUGAAACGAAGUGGCGGUAAAUUGACUGAUUUAGCCAUUCAAAUCAAUCUGACUUAUUGCGAUCUUAAUUCAAUUCGCAAAUUCUGCAUUUUAUUGGAACGUUCAGGCGUUCAGAACUUGUGGAUCGAAUUUGUUCCUAAAGACUACGAGGGCGACAACUUAGAAAUACUUCGGGCAGAAACAGAAAGAUAUCUGAGAGCCAUUGGAUUCGUAUUGAAAAGCGUCUGUAAAUGCUCAAAGUUGCGAUCUUUACAUAUUGAAGCAGCUGGAAUUGGCUCUCUUUUAGAAAGCUUCCCGAGCAAUAUGAAAGAUCAGCCGAUCGUAUCAUGUAAGCUCGAACGGCUCACUCUCAUAGGCCUAGACACAGAAAAUCUUUUUCAGGACAACCUUAUCGUGUCGAUGAUUGAUGGAGCAAAAGUGAUUGAGAUUCAAAACAAACAUAGACCGAUUUCAGCAAAGAGUGCUCUUCGAAUCUUUGAAUUAACAAGGGAUACAUUACAAGAAUGUCAUCUAGAUGUUGAGGAAUCAGAGAACAAAUCAUGGUUAGGAUCAAAUCACAAGCUUAUCACUUUAUCACAAUUAAGUAGGCUUCAUUUGUCUAAUUUCAUUUUACCAAGGGAGGUAGAUGAAGAAGAAGAGAGAGACGAACGUAUCACCACUGGACUGUUUUCCAAUGUUACACUUAUAAUUCCUAGAUUACUCGAGCUCUACGUAGAAGGACGCCCUCCUCAAACCUUCCAGAGUGCUGCAUUGACAGAACCAGAGAAUCUCGAAUGCUUCACAAUGAACAUUGUACAAGCAUCCAGUGCCCUGGUCGAUCCUUCUCGGUUUUCUGCCUGCAAAAAGCUUCGAAGAUUGGUGAUUCAAAGAUUUGGCCAACUACAAAGUACCUAUGUUUAUGCCAUUCUUGCUAAUCUAUGCGAUUCUCCUAUUCAAGAGCUUAUCGUAGAAAAUAACGCCGGCAAGUACGCUGGGCACAUAGAAUACGAUGCUGAUGACUUCGUGAAUAUGUUGAGGAUAAUUGGAAUGCAACAUUCCAAUAAACGCACGAAACCGAUCUUCGGGCAAAUCUUCCUGCAAGGACGUCCAAAAGUGUCAAAACAAAAUUUGAAUUGGCUGAUUGCAAAUUAUGCGGAUUUUCUCACUUACCAUCCUUACCUUUGGCAAAAGAUGUCUCGUUGCUCAAUGAAGGACUUAGAAGGUUACGUUCGAACGAUCAAGUACUUUUCUCGACACACGCCACUUCUUUCAAGACGAGCGCAUUUAGGGGAACCGAUUGGUGUUCAAUAUUCCUAAUUUAGUAGGCUUGAGAUUGAAUUUGUAAUCAUUUAAUCAUAGUUCGAAAUGAUAUGAAUGUGAUGG